UGACACAUUUCUGGAGGCACCACUGCACAUCGAUACUCAGAUGUAGAAGUAGACGUGCACUGAGAGCAUCCUGUUUCUGUGUGUCAUGAUGCUGACGAGACUGCUUCUGCUUUUUUGUCUGGCAGGGCAUGUGUUUGCCGAAGAACCGCCUGAUGUGGACUGUUUGGUGGUACACCUGAAAUAUGUUCACUGUACCUGGAAUAAGCAUGGGACUCCAGAGGUCAAUUACACUUUCACCGGCUGGUUUCACGGUGACAAAGUAAUCACUGAGUGCCCCACCUAUCUGUCAGAGAACAACACAAACACUGGAUGUAACCAGCCCUAUGAUGACCCAGUCAAGAGGUUCAACACGUUUUACACCAGACUGGAACACGGCGAAAAAAAAAUUCAGAGGGAGCAUUUUCUUAAAUCCAAAGUCAAGUUAAAUCCACCAACCAACGUGACUGUCAAGAAUGGAUCUGACUCUAACCUGUGGCUCAGCUGGGUCCAGAUUUUUCCUAACUGUGUGGAGAGUGAAGUUCGCUACAGGAUAAACAACAGAAAGUGGGGGACACCUUCUCCCGCCAGCACUGGGACGCAGAGUUACUGCAUCAACUUGCCCAUCCGCAAUUACCGGUAUGAGCUUCAAGUACGCAGCAGAGUGUGGUCCGGCUGUGGGCAGUCUGAUUUCUGGAGUGAAUGGAGUGAGCCUGUGGUCUGGGGAUCUAACAACGGCACAGCAACGAAUCAAAUGAACAAUUCAAUGUCUGUGUGGAGCGCAGUGCUGGGUGUGGUGGGUGCUUUCAUCCUCAUCCUGCUGGUUAUGAUGCUGCUGCACCAUGAAAGAAUCAGAAUCAUCUUCAUCCCUGUGGUUCCCAAGCCACCCCUGAAGCUUCACAACACCGAGGAUUGGUUUGAGUUCCCCAAAGGCCUGAAAGAGAGUUUUAACUACAACGAGCGUCCCUGUUCUGUCCGUGAGUACUGCCAUGUCCCCCAGUCCGACAGCGAGAGCUCCGACUGCUCCACCUGCUCCGCCAACACCGACCAAACCGACUGCUCCGUCACUAUCCCUGUGAACUAAUCAGACCUGCCCACCCCCUGCUCCUCCUCUACCUCCACAGUUCCAGUCAAGACUGAGGAGGAGAGACAGGGUUUUGUUUAGAAGGCAAGCUUAUUAUACCACAAAUAAUAACUCUGAACCACAUCAUCUAUAUAUCACUUUUUAAUGGAGAAAUGCAGUUCAAAGUUACUUUUGAAAACAUGCUUUAAGGUAUAAAUAGAUAUAUGGAAUCAUCAACCACUUGGAGGCAACAACAUUUACUAUACCGCAGAGUUUUCACUUUGUGUUUUUUAUAGUUCACUACACUGGAACAAAUCAAAGUUCCCCUUAUAUAUGAGCAAAGGCACAUUUAAACGUCCACUUCCUCUGAUCCCUCACAAUCCCUGAUGUCAGUUUAACAGUAAAAGUCCUUAAAAAGUCAACACCCAUCAGUUUGUCCUCAAACGUAAAGGUUGAUGUGAGAGAGAGACAAAUAUUUCAUACUUUAACAUUACUGUUAUCAAUCCAAAUCCUAGUUUAUCUAUGUUGAUAACAGGGAUGUAGCAUCAGCAGGACUUAAUUCCUCCAGACAGUUACAGUACGAUAUGAUUGUAAAACCAUUGUAUUCUUUAUUUUUUCUUGUUAUCUCCAACUGUGAAAUUUUAUUCUUCUGCCUAAAUCCAGCUUAGCAAUAUUGUUCUUAUGUAUAUCGAUGUAUGUGUACAUUUUUCAUAGAUUUAAAAGGUAUACAAUGCAGGAAUUAUGGGAAAGCUAGCCCCAGACUAGUGUUUCGCUAUACUUGCAUUUUAUAUUGUUGUUGUUUUCGGCACUGUGUCCGUGACUUUUGUAGGUUCCUUCUCGAAGCUGCUCACAGUCUUUGACCUGGAUGCUACCUUUCUAUUUAGUCCCGACCUUACCUGCACACUCUGCCUAGGAACAUCCCAAACAAAACAAAAUGAGAAGGAAAAUAAGAAAAUACAGUCAGAGAGCGAAGUCUCUGCAGAUAAGUACACCGCCUCACACUUCUAAUGGGUCCUAAGUGAUGAUUUAGAGGGAUAUGAGUCUAUGCACUGUUUUUUAAGAACAUCCUGCAUGGUAUACCUACAACCUUUUGUACGACAUUUUGCAAUGAAACACAUAUAUCACAAAAUAUACUAGUUUAUACAGUAUACUGCACUAGGAGUGCUUCACAGCUUCACAGACUCUGGCAAUGAUACAUUUCAAAUAUUUUCGAUUUCAUAUCAUGUGACCUUGACGCUCUUCUGUUUGACUAUUACAGUAAAACAUUCUAAUGGUUGAUUGACAGUUCAUUUAAACUUGUAACUGAAAUGGCUUGUUUAAGAUGCAUGCUUGUGUGCUCUGUAAAUUGAGAUUGAGUGUUGGUUUCACACUGAUAAAAUCUAAUAUCCCAGUUGUUUGGGCAAAAUACAAUAUUGUUGUUUUUUUUCUGACAAUAUUUGAGAUGUGAAUCUUGGUAUUUAAUGUGAAGUCCUGACAGAAAAAAAUGUUCAGUGGCCAAGAGGGCAGCGUUCAUUGUUCACUCACUCAGCCAGUCAGACUAGCCUGCCACUUUCUAAAAAGGCACACUUUAUUAAAGGUUUAUAAAUUGUAAUUUAUAAACUCUUGGAUUUAUUAAUUUCAAUUCAUUUCAAUUCAGCUUUAUUUAAAGUGUAAAAUCACCAAAAACAUGGUCUCGAAACACUUUACAGUUCACAUAGACAAAAUACAUUAGAAAAAUACAAAUUACAAAUAAAAAAAUACAAUUUACAAAUAAGCAUUUACAAAAACAAUUAAAAUAAAUAAAAAAAAAGUGCUAUCAAGUUGUACCAUAUGCUUGGGAAAAUAAAUAGGUUUUUAGUCUCGAUUUAAACGGAUUAAUGGCAACUUUGGGGUUGUCAAGUCUAAAAAGUUUCUCCAACAUGACACAAAAUCUGUUUUUACCAACUGUAUGGAUUAUUGUAAAAACCCUGUCUUAGUUACUUAUCAACAUUUAUAAUUCCAGACUUAGAAAGUGAGAACCCAUCAGCAUCUCUUCCUGAGUUUUCUACCAUUUUGUUUGUUGGGGGGGGGUUUCCUUAUCCACUGUGAGGGUCCAAGGACAGAGGGAUGUCAUAUGCUGUACAGCCCGGCAAAUUGUGAUUUGUGAUACUGGGCUUUAUAAAUAAAUAAGAAUUGAAUUGUUAUAUUUAUAUUACAUUUUUAUCCCUACUAAAUAGAAAGGACAAACACUAGCCAAAGUGAGGUUUCACAAACUGGCAACCCACAAUUUGUAUUUUCAAGGUCCAUUUGCUUUACCACAGCCAUUAGGUACUACUUAUAAACCCUGUAAUAUAUGGUGCCUGAUUAGAAAGUGACAACAGGACAUUACAAGUAAACAGAUGAUAUGGUCACAUGUAGCCUAAUAUAACAAUAUUUGCAACGCAGCCAUUUAAAAAAAUAUAUAUAUUCAUAUGAUUUUCAAUGUUAUCGAUCUUAAUUGAAUGUACUUUUUCAGUGUUGUUGGGUGUUUUUGUAACCUAGCCAACUUGUAUGUUACUGUUGGUGUCUUACAUCCGGUAUCUGUCAUGACCUGCUUUUGAUUAAUAAAUAUACAUGUCUA